UUUUUUCUUUUCCUUUCUUUUCUUUCUAGUAUUGACUUAGAAGCACCAGAAUUUGCAGUAUGCUGUUGAACCUUAAAUGCUCUGUUACAUUUAGCUUUUAAGUCUAGAACUCUGUGUUCAAGCUAUUCAGGAGUCUGUAGACAUUUCAUAUUUUAUUAUAAUUUAACUUGUAAUUUUGUUAUACUCAGAUAAUGUCUGUAGAUUAUCCAAAUGCAUGUACCUUAGCAGUCAAAAUUUGCAGGUAGGAAAAAAAGAUCUGCCUGUCUUAACAAAAAAAUUUCAGGCAGUAAAGCAGGGCCCUUCAGAUGGGGAACUGGAGCAGUGGAAGGCGUAGUAAAGACUGCGCCAACAUAAACACUGCCCUUGUGGGCACUGAGAGAACCCCCGGGGCCAAACCUGUUCCUGGAAGGUUUCUGCUGUGAAGAUAGGAGGGAAUUGAUAUUAACAGACUCAGGCUUCCUGGGUUUCAGACUUUAUCACGGUCAGCUCUGUGUUGCAGAGACAUUUGAUGUCGGUUGUAUUCAUGUGCACUGAUGAUUUAGAAUACAGCUGUUCACUGAAACUACUUACACUUCAGACAGCUGGAUAACUGGCCUGGCUCGAGUUAAAUAUAAGACUAAAAGAGCAUAUACCACCUUAGUCUUACACAUUGGCAUAAGGGGGUGCUGAGGAAAUCCUGCUUAAUCUGCUCUCUUUAUUUGGGCAGGAAGUAGGCACUGUGUUCUCCUCUGAGAUGACAUCUUCAAAGGAGAAGCACUGAAUUAGGAAGAAGCCUUGGAUCCAUUGAAAAUUAACUGUUUAUGCUGUUGACUCCAGCUUUGAAUCCAAAUGGCACGUGAUUUUUCAUCCUUGAAUGACUCCGAUGGGGUUUUGGCGUUGAAUGAUGAGGACAUUGAUGAUGACUGCCCGAUUCCAAACUUCCACAAAUGCGAAAUCUGUCUGCUGUCUUUUCCAAAAGAGUCCCAAUUUCAGCGUCACAUGAGGGAGCAUGAGCAAAAUGACAAGCCUCACCGAUGUGACCAGUGCCCCCAAACAUUUAAUGUUGAAUUCAACCUGACACUUCAUAAAUGUACACACAAUGCGGAAGAUCCUGUUUGUCCCGUGUGCAACAAGAAGUUCUCCAGAGUGGCCAGUCUCAAAGCACAUAUUAUGCUCCACGAGAAGGAAGAGAACCUCAUUUGCUCUGAGUGUGGGGAUGAGUUCACACUGCACAGCCAGCUGGCCAUUCACAUGGAGGAACACCGGCAGGAGCUGGCCAACACCCGAGCGCACACCUGCAAGGCCUGUAAGAAGGAGUUCGAGACAUCGCCAGAGCUGAAGGAGCACAUGAAGACUCACUGUAAAGUUAGGGCGUCAGGUACAAGAUCUUAUAAUCGGAACAUUGACAGAAGCAGCUUCCCGUACUCAUGCCCACACUGCGGAAAGACGUUCCAGAAGCCCAGCCAGUUAACGCGACACAUCAGGAUACACACAGGUGAAAGGCCAUUCAAGUGCAGUGAGUGUGGAAAAGCUUUUAACCAGAAAGGGGCGCUGCAGACCCAUAUGAUCAAGCACACAGGAGAGAAGCCACACGCUUGUGCCUUUUGUCCUGCCGCCUUUUCUCAGAAGGGGAACCUGCAGUCCCAUGUUCAGAGGGUCCACUCAGAGGUAAAAAAUGGGCCUACCUAUAACUGCACAGAGUGUAGCUGCGUGUUUAAAAGCUUAGGUAGCUUAAAUACUCAUAUCAGCAAGAUGCAUAUGGGUGGACCACCAAAUUCUACAACCUCUGCAGAGACUGCACAUGUUAUAACGGCCACGAUCUUUCAGACUUUACCUCUGCAGCAGGUGGAAGCCCAGGUCUCCUCAGUGUCCAGUGAGCAGAGUUCUCAGGCAGUGAGUGACGUCAUCCAGCAGCUUCUGGAACUGUCUGAGCCCGGCCCAGUGGAGGCACAGCAGUCCCCACAGUCUGGGCGACAACUGAGUGUGACAGUGGGCAUCAACCAGGACAUCCUCCAGCAAGCCUUAGAAAACAGUGGGCUGUCUUCACUUCCAGUUGCAGCUCCUCCCAGCGACUGCAGCCAUGCUCAGACGGCUACAGUGUCCACACAGAGUCCACACGCCUCCAGUGUCUCUGCAGAGCAAGCUGAUCCCAUGGAUGCAGAGCAGGAAAAGGGACAGGAAAGCCCUGAAAAGACGGAUAAGAAAGAGAAAAAACUUCUGAAGAAGAAAUCCCCGUUCCUACCUGGGUCCAUUCGGGAGGAGAAUGGGGUGCGGUGGCAUGUGUGUCCCUACUGCACGAAGGAGUUCCGGAAGCCCAGUGACCUGGUGCGCCACAUCCGCAUCCACACCCAUGAAAAGCCCUUCAAGUGUCCACAGUGUUUCCGGGCCUUUGCUGUGAAGAGCACACUGACUGCUCACAUUAAAACUCACACGGGCAUCAAGGCUUUCAAGUGCCAAUACUGCAUGAAGAGCUUUUCCACCUCAGGGAGCCUCAAGGUGCACAUCCGCCUACACACAGGAGUUAGACCUUUUGCUUGUCCUCACUGUGAUAAGAAGUUCCGCACCUCAGGCCACAGGAAGACUCACGUGGCUUCCCACUUUAAGCACACGGAGCUGAGGAAGCUGAGGCAGCAGCGGAAGCCUGUGAAGGGUCGGGUGGGCAAGAGCAGCGUUCCUGUCCCCGACAUUCCUUUGCAAGAACCCAUUCUCAUAACUGACCUAGGUCUUAUCCAGCCCAUUCCAAAAAACCAAUUUUUUCAAAAUUAUUUUAAUAAUAGUUUUGGCAAUGAAGCAGAUAGACCAUACAAAUGUUUCUACUGUCAUCGAGCAUAUAAAAAGUCUUGCCACCUAAAACAGCACAUCAGAUCACAUACAGGUGAAAAGCCUUUCAAAUGCUCCCAGUGUGGCCGAGGCUUCGUCUCUGCAGGCGUGCUCAAAGCCCAUGUCCGGACGCACACGGGGCUGAAGUCUUUCAAGUGUCUGAUCUGCAAUGGAGCCUUUACCACAGGUGGCAGCUUACGGCGACACAUGGGCAUACAUAAUGACCUCCGUCCCUACAUGUGUCCCUAUUGCCAGAAAACAUUUAAGACUUCACUGAACUGCAAGAAACACAUGAAAACUCACAGGUACGAACUGGCCCAGCAGCUCCAGCAGCACCAGGAGGCCUCCUCCAUGGAUGACGAUAGCACCGUGGACCAGCAGAGCAUGCACGUGGCGGCCCCCAUGCCUGUGGAGAUCGAAAGUGCAGAGCUGCAGCAGACUCCAGAGACAGUGGCCGCAGACCCUGAGUCAAUACUGGAACUAGGGCCACAGCAUGUGGUAGGCACAGAAGAUGCAGCGCUUGGACAGCAGUUGGCAGAUCAGCCUUUGGAGGCGGAUGAAGAUGGGUUCACAGCUUCCCAGGCUCCUCUCCCAGGGCACAUGGACCAGUUUGAAGAGCAGGGCACUCCACAGCCAUCCUUUGAGUCGGCAGGACUUCCACAAGGUUUCACGGUGACUGACACGUACAGUCAGCAGACAUCCUUCCCACCUGUGCAGCAGCUGCAGGACUCUAGCACCCUCGAGUCCCAGGCCUUGUCCACGAGUUUCCACCAGCAAAACUUACUGCAGGUCCCCAACUCUGAUGCCAUCAACGUGGCAACUCGUUUGCUUCCAGAGUCAUCUCAAGAGGAUCUGGACCUACAAACACAAGGCCCCCAGUUCCUGGAGGACAGCGAGGACCAGAGCAGGCGCUCAUACAGGUGUGACUACUGCAACAAGGGCUUCAAGAAGUCCAGCCACUUGAAGCAGCAUGUGCGCUCACACACGGGGGAGAAGCCCUACAAGUGCAAGCUCUGUGGGCGUGCUUUUGUCUCCUCCGGUGUCCUCAAGUCCCACGAGAAGACACACACAGGUGUCAAGGCCUUCAGCUGCAGCAUCUGCAAUGCGUCUUUCACCACCAAUGGGAGCCUCACGCGGCACAUGGCCACACACAUGAGCAUGAAGCCUUACAAGUGUCCAUUCUGUGAAGAGGGCUUCCGCACUGCGGUCCACUGUAGAAAACACAUGAAGAGACACCAAGCAGUUUCGUCUGCAGCCGCAGCAGCUGCAGAGACAGAGGGAGGAGACACAUGUGUGGAGGAAGAUGAAGAAAAUUCUGACAGAAGUGCAUCAAGAAAGCCUCGUCCUGAGGUCAUUACUUUCACAGAGGAGGAGACAGCCCAGCUGGCCAAAAUUCAGCCCCAGGAGAGUGCUACAGUGUCUGAGAAGGUCCUGGUGCAGUCGGCUGCAGAAAAGGACCGCAUCAGCGAGAUGAAGGAUAAGCAGGCAGAGCUUGAGGCUGAACCCAAGCACGCCAACUGUUGCACAUAUUGUCCGAAGAGCUUCAAGAAGCCCAGUGACCUGGUGAGGCAUGUUAGAAUCCAUACUGGAGAAAAGCCAUAUAAGUGUGAUGAAUGUGGGAAGAGCUUUACUGUGAAGUCCACUCUAGAUUGCCACGUGAAGACCCACACAGGCCAGAAGCUGUUCAGCUGCCAUGUCUGCAGCAACGCCUUCUCCACAAAGGGAAGCCUGAAGGUACACAUGCGCCUACACACAGGAGCAAAGCCUUUCAAAUGCCCUCACUGUGAGCUGCGCUUCAGGACUUCUGGGAGAAGGAAGACUCAUAUGCAGUUUCACUACAAAUCAGACCCAAAGAAGGCCAGGAAGCCUGUCACACGAAGCUCUUCAGAAAGUCUCCAGUCUGUGAACCUUCUCAACUCAUCUUCCACGGACCCAAAUGUGUUCAUCAUGAACAACUCUGUCCUAACAGGGCAGUUUGAUCAGAAUGUGCUUCAGCCAGGCUUGGUCGGCCAGGCUAUCCUUCCUGCCUCUGUCUCAGCUGGUGGUGACUUGACAGUAUCUUUGACUGAUGGAAGUUUGGCCACUCUGGAAGGUAUCCAGUUACAGCUAGCUGCUAACUUGGUUGGACCAAAUGUUCAGAUUUCUGGGAUCGAUGCCUCCAGCAUCAACAAUAUCACAUUGCAGAUUGAUCCGAGCAUCUUGCAGCAAACACUACAGCAGGGCAGCCUGCUUGCUCAGCCAAUCACAGGCGAGUCUAGCACAGCCUCCCAGAACAGUUCUCUUCAGACAUCAGACAGCACCGUCCCAGCCAGCGUCGUUAUCCAGCCUCUGUCAGGCCUGUCCUUACAGCCCACAGUGACAUCUGCCAAUCUGACCAUUGGCCCACUGUCUGAACAGGACUCAGUGCUGACCACCAGCAGCAGCGGUUCACAGGACCUCUCUCAAGUGAUGACUUCACAAGGCCUUGUGUCCACUUCGACGGGCCCGCAUGAGAUCACCCUGACCAUCAACAACUCCAGUCUCAGCCAGGUCCUAGCCCAGGCUGCUGGCCCCACCGCCUCCUCAUCCUCGGGCUCACCACAGGAGAUCACCCUGACCAUCUCUGAACUUAAUCCUUCGAGUGGGAGCCUGCCUUCAACAGCACCGAUGUCACCGUCAGCCAUUUCAGCCCAGAACCUAGUCAUGUCUUCGUCAGGGGUGGGUGCUGAUGCCAGUGUCACGCUGACGCUGGCUGAUACUCAGGGCGUGCUGUCUGGAGGGCUGGAUACGGUUACACUGAACAUCACUUCUCAGGGCCAGCAGUUCCCAGCAUUGCUCACGGAUCCCUCUCUCUCAGGCCAAGGUGGAGCAGGCUCACCACAAGUCAUCUUAGUGAGCCACACCCCACAGUCCUCCUCCGCUGCUGGGGAAGAAAUAGCUUACCAGGUGACUGAUGUCCCCGCCCAGCUGACCCCUCACAGCCAGCCUGAAAAGGAGGGCCUUUCCCACCAGUGCCUGGACUGCGACCGUGCCUUCUCCUCAGCCGCCGUGCUCAUGCACCACAGCAAGGAGGUGCACGGGAAGGAGCGAAUCCAUGGCUGCCGGGUCUGCAGGAAGGCCUUCAAGCGUGCCACACACCUCAAGGAGCACAUGCUGACCCACCAGGCCGGCCCCUCGCUCAGCUCUCAGAAGCCCAGAGUGUUCAAGUGUGACUCCUGCGAAAAGGCAUUUGCCAAACCAAGCCAGCUGGAGCGACACAGCCGCAUUCACACAGGGGAGCGGCCAUUCCACUGCACUCUGUGUGACAAAGCCUUCAACCAGAAGAGCGCGCUGCAGGUGCACUUGAAGAAGCACACGGGCGAGCGGCCCUACAGGUGUGACUACUGCGUCAUGGGCUUCACGCAGAAGAGCAACAUGAAGCUGCACAUGAAGCGAGCACACAGCUUUGUGGGGACCUUGCAGGCAGCCACUGUGGUCCAGGAACAGGAUGGGGACGAGCUAAGGACCCUCCACUUGGAGGAGGUGGUGCCUGAGGCGGCGGGUGAAUGGCAGACCCUGACCAAUGUGUUCUGAUGCCUUGGAAAGAGGUCAGAGCACCCUCCAUGGAGCUGCACGUGAGGGCUAGAGCCCUAGAGGCUCUGUUCUGAAACUUCAAGUGGUAGUACCACGCUAAUGUUUUAGCUAAAAUUAUUUGAAGAAUCAUUGUCAUUCAAAGACUCACAGGAAAGCGACUGGGAAGUGCACAAAUGUAGCGUUGUCAUUGCCGACAAAUGACAGAGCUGGGCACUGCCAUGGGCGCUCACCUUCUCAUGGCAGUGUGUGUGCGUAGCAGAUGAACUGGGUCUGAAUAUCAUUGCGGUGAGAUUUGUAUUAGCAAAAGACACAUCAACAUGGGAGAACACACGUAUGGUAGCGCAUGAAGUUCGGAGGCAGUGCCAUCACAAGCGGAUGUUUCUCCACUUUUUACUCUGCAUUUUGCUAAUUAGUAACAAUCAGUUCUUUUUAGCCCGCUCUUAAGUUCACGCAACUGAUGCCUUGAGAGACUGCUGGGCCAGCUCUCUCCAGCACAGAACCUAACCCCUAGUUCUGUGAACACAGGCGCUGCCUCAGCAGGGCUGUGGAGGGGGCCUGACCUGCAGGCGAGGGCCAGCUGCUCACACGGAUGAAUCUGUCCGGUCACGUGGGUUAGGUCACUGCAGAAGCACAAGCCAUACCCUGUGAGCGGGAAGUGACAGAGUCGUCUAAGGGACAGUAGCUGUCCCUGUCCACUCAGUAAAUGUAUCCGUAUUUUAAGGCUAAGGACACAGAGCCCAGCGACUGUCCUCACGCAUACGGAGGUGUGUUGUCUCAGGAGACUCUUAGUGUCAUCAGGCAGUGCCCCAGGGGACACAGACACGUCCCAAACCAAAGCCUCCUGCACGGAGCAGUGUGUGCUUCAGCAUUCCAAAGACAGACGGUUCCCACGUGACAGCAGCCCCUGAAGCUCUUUGUAUGUUCUCUAUGUAAAUACCUGUGUACAGAGACAGACACGUGGGCCUCCCUCCAUGUGGCUGAGGAGUGCGUGUUGUAAAUAGAAGCAGUCCUCCUCCUCUUCCUCACAGAGCACAUCUGGGGCCACUCCCCGGUGCACCUCAGACCCGUGUCCUGUUCACUGUUAAUAAAUGGAUAUCUUUUUCACUGUAACAGAAAGCUGGGCUCUAUUUUUUUUCUGAAAAAAAAUAAUUGCCUUUAUUUUCUCUCAUUGCCUCCUUGGUCUCAGAAGAGAGCAGUUUUAUUAUAAAUAUUAUGUGGACUUGUUCACUAGAGUCCUGAAGAGAGACAUUUCACUGUUAUUUUGAAAGGGCAUCUUUUGAUUGUGUUCACUUUUGUCAUCUGUAUAUAAGUAAUAUUGACAGUGACAUAAAAACUUUUGUUAUGUGAAAAUAUUUAAGUCAGAGAACUGUUAAAUAUUAUUACUUUUUUCCAAACUGAUUUGUGUAUUGUAUAUUUUUUUAAGAAGAAAAAAGCCUUACUUGACUUCUUGUGAUACUGGACUUAAAAACCCAAGGCCCCCAAAUGUCAGUGUGUACACUGGCUGUGGUAGUGUUUUCAAAAGAAUUGUAAUUGUGCGAGAGUUUUAAAGUCUCUGCUAUUCAUGCACUUUUUCUUUUAUAAUUUUGUAUUGAAAUAUUUUAGAAAUAUUAAUUAAUUUUAGUGGACAGGUAGCCCCCAAAUUGAAAUGAUUGGAUUAAUUUUUUUGCUCUAUCUGGGUUAUUUAUUUUCCUUUCAGCAUUAACUGUCAUCUCAGGCCAUCUGUAAAGAGGCUGGCUCCUUCCUGGUUGUGUAGUGAAUGCAGGGCGCUGACUGGCAGUCAGUCACCUAUGUAAGGAAGACCUGGCCAGGGAGAUCUGAAGCCUGCUUUUAUUUUGGUUAAAGAAAAGAAAAUCUACCAGUAACCCAUUUUGUGUCUUUUUCUCAAUUUAUUAGCAAGCGAGUCUGACAUGUGUGUAUUUGAUUUACUUCCUCACCAUCAAAGCUGCUUCCUUACCAACAUUCCUUGACAAUACAAGGUUUUGAGAAGAUAACUCACUUGAAUAUUGUGGUUUACAGGUUGAUCUCUGUAUUUUAAAUGUUUGCAAUGCUGUUUUAGGAAAGUGGUUUCUAGCCUCAUGUGUAACCAGGGUUUUGAGGAUAGAGAACUGUAUUUUUAGAACUCUAUAUAACAUAAACUGUUUUGAAAUAACUAAAUGCAAAAUGGCAUUAGGAAAUGUGGUGUAUGUGUGGUUUUUUUGUUUAUUUGUUUGUUUUUAAAUCAUGUUUCAGAUAGACUAGUUGGGUGGGGAAUAAAUUUCAAUUCAGGUAUUUUUAGCAGAAAACAAAAACUGUUAUGAUAUUUCUUUUACCUGUGUGAGGUCCAGAGAAUGCAUACUCUCUUGGUGUCCCCUUGAAGCACAUGGAGCUGACAGCCAGGCAUGACCCUUGACAGCAAAUCCCGUGCCUAGUGCAGUCUUGAUGGUGUCACUCCUUCAGCUCUUCAGAGCCACUCAGUCCUUGAAGGAGGCUCCUGGUUGGGAGAAGAACCGCUAAGCCUAUCCCUGAGGCGUGCUGCUGCUGGCCCUAGGAUGAGUACAGCUGAGGAGACCGAGGGAGCAGGAGAGUGUGGCGUGCACAGACCCCGCACAGGGCCAUAGAUAAAGGUGGGCAGAGGCUGGGAAAGAAACCCCUCACACCCAGCAAGGUCUCCUACAGCCAGUCAGGCUGGAGGUGCUCAGAGAGCAGCCUGAGGAGAUGAGGGGGCAGAGUAGCCGGCCUCAGGAGGUUAGGGAGGCUCCUCAGAAGUUGCUUCCAUAGUGAGGUAUCAAAAUGGUAGGCCGUGUGCACCAGAAAGUUGUAUGCCCCGCACACCAUUUGUAAGGAAAGCUGAGUUCAGUUCCUUGGAGUUCUCAUGAGUACCUGUGAGUUUAGACAUCUGUGUCAUCCAGAUUUCCGAGAACAGCCUUUGGUACUGUGGGCUAUCUUCUGAGAGGUGUAUUCACUCACUAAGACUCAUGCUCAACCUACAUGGCGUCACACAAAUGCAUGUACGUAGUGUUUUAUAAGGGAGUUCCGUAUCUGUAGGCCAGGGAUAUCUCAUGCCUCCUUGCAUAAGGGGUUUCUCUCAAGCCAGUUUCAAAGCCCCCUCCCCUUGCCGUCCCCACACCUCCACGGAGAGUGACCCCAGGGCCUGGUGCUGCUGUGCUGACUCGUGAACCAUGCACAAGGCGAGGCUGACCCAUAGCCCCUUCUUGCUCUGCCCUUGGUUUAUACGCCUGGGAUGUGGGUAAAAUCCGUAUCAUGUAGAGCAAAGUCUUAAGUGGGCUGCAACACGUAUGUGCUUUCAAACACUUGUAACCCCAGCAUUUGGGAAAUGGAGGAGGUCAACCUCUACUCCAUAGCAUGCUCCAGGCCAGCCUGGGCUACCCCAAAACCAAACCAAAAGCCAAGGAAAAUGGAGCUACCCAGGAGCUGCCCACGAGAGCCCGACUUGGUCUCACUCACCCUGGUUUUACUUUUCAACCUUAUUCUUGUGAAGUGACUUGAAAUCUGGUUGCACCCUCUUUGCUGACUGAAAAUUAGAGCUGCACAAUUCCUGGGAAUUACGGCAGUGCACUGACUGGCCACUGCUGCCUUUGACCGGCUCUUCCCACGCGUGCUCACCAUUAGGUGAACAUUAUAUUCCACUCCACACUCUACCUGCACAGGCAUUGUGGUCAUUUUUUUGUAUGGACUAAAUGGUAUAGAUCUGUUAGUGUGUCAGGAGCAAUAGGCAGUAAUCAAAAAAUCGUGCUAUUUAAAUCUUUUCUAUGUGUAAUGCUUAUGGCAUGAAGACUUUUGUAUCGAAUCAAGAUUUGUAUAUUUGACAGGUUCUAAAAUGCCAUAGUGAUUAUUCUUCAGCCCCACCAAGAAAAUUCAAAGUUAAUUUUUUAAUUUACCGAAAAGUUCUCUUUUUAUCUUCAGAAUUGUCUCAUGGUCUAUUUAUACAUUGGAUGAUAUUUAUUUAAUCCAGUUUUGUAUUAGAAAUUGAUAGUUAUGCCAGAAGCCACUGUGCUGGCUUUUAAAAAAACAAUAAAAAUAGUUUUUGUAUUAUUUUAAAA